AUGGGUAUUCUAGAGAAAAUAGCCGAAAUCGAAGCCGAGAUGGCCAAAACCCAAAGAAACAAAGCCACAAUGGGUCACUUGGGUUUGUUGAAAGCUCGGCUAGCAAAAUUAAGACGUGAACUCAUUGAACCCAAAGGUGGUGGUGGAGGGGGUGGUGAAGGUUUUGAUGUUGCCAAAACUGGAGAUGCAAGGAUUGGUUUUGUAGGUUUCCCCUCUGUGGGUAAAUCAACUCUCCUAAGUAAUUUAGCUGGUGUCUAUUCUGAAGUGGCAGCCUAUGAAUUCACCACAUUGACUACCGUACCUGGAGUGAUCAGGUACAAGGGAGCUAAGAUUCAGCUUCUUGAUUUGCCUGGUAUUAUUGAAGGAGCCAAGGAUGGAAAAGGUCGUGGUAAACAAGUCAUUGCUGUUGCCCGUACCUGCAGUCUCAUCUUUAUUGUGCUUGAUGUCCUAAAGCCUCUACAACAUAAAAAACUUAUAGAAUAUGAAUUGGAAGGUUUUGGUAUUCGGCUCAACAAAAAUCCACCCAACAUUCACUUUCGACGAAAAGAUAAAGGAGGCAUUAACCUUACUUCUACAACUGCCCAGUCCGAGUUGGAUCUGGAUACUGUGAAAACAAUUCUUGGAGAAUACCGUAUCCACAAUGCGGAUAUUGUAUUACGUUAUGAUGCCACUGCUGAAGACCUUAUUGAUGUUGUAGAAGGAAACAGAGUUUACAUUCCUUGCAUCUACAUUCUAAACAAAAUUGACCAGAUUUCUGUUGAGGAACUGGAUAUUAUCUACAGGAUCCCCCAUUGUGUUCCUUUGUCGGCUCACCACAAAUGGAACUUUGAUGACCUCUUAGAAAAACUUUGGGAUUAUUUGCAAUUGGUGAGGAUUUAUACAAAACCCAAAGGACAGCUGCCUGAUUACAGCGCUCCAGUUGUGUUGAAGGAUGGUAAAAGUAGUGUUGAAGACUUUUGCAAUAAAAUCCAUCGGAACAUUAUGCGGGAAUUCAAGCAUGCUUUGUCAAGAAGUGAGAUUUGUCAACCCAAAUAUUUGAUACAAAUUAUUGUGAUAGCUUGUGGCCUGCUCAUGACUGUUGAAUCAUUGCGGACUCUUUACCAAGAUUUUCUCAACUUCUGCCCAGUUACCACCACCUCCCUUCCCUAUGACACCAGACCUCAUCCUCUUCCAUCACAUCAGCUUUUGAUUUAUCUGACGAUAAAUCUCUUUUCCAAUAAACACACUAGACAAUAA